UCCUUCGGGGCUGGAAAACGCCCCUUCCCCGCCCCCUCCCUGUGCGCGUGAACUAGGCAGUUGUUAGAUCUCGCGAGAGGUUCGCCCCCUAGCCGCCCCUCCCCCCAGCUAGUGAGUGCGCGAACGAGAAAGGAGGAGGGCGCUCCAGGCGACAGCACUGCAGACGCCAUUAUCCUCUGUUUCUCUGCUGCACCGACCUCGACGUCUUGCCUGUGUCCCACUUGUUCGCGGCCUAUAGGUAAUUGGAGUUAUUGGAGCUUGGGUAUUGCUGAUUCGGGUAAGGGUUGGGGCUCCCUGAAAGGCUGCGUUGACUUUUCCCAAGCCCGGGUUUUCUCGAGCCCUUAGUGGCCUCCCAGCCCGAAGGGAGGCGCUGGCGGGAGGCGGGGUUGCCGCCUCCUCCGUCGCCUUGAUUGACGUGGCCUCGGGCCAAUCGCUUCGCCCUCGCACCAUCGCUGAAGCCCUGGCAGCCAAUAGGGCGCGACGGCGGGGAGGACGCGAGAAGGCGGGGGAGGGGAGCCUGCGCUCGUUUUCUGUCUAGCUCCGACCGGCUGAGGCGGCGCGGCAGCGGAGGGACGGCAGUCUCGCGCGGCUACUGCAGCACUGGGGUGUCAGUUGUUGGUCCGACCCAGAACGCUUCAGUUCUGCUCUGCAAGGAUAUAUAAUAACUGAUUGGUGUGCCCGUUUAAUAAAAGAAUAUGGAAACUGAACAGCCAGAAGAAACCUUCCCUAACACUGAAACCAAUGGUGAAUUUGGUAAACGCCCUGCAGAAGAUAUGGAAGAGGAACAAGCAUUUAAAAGAUCUAGAAACACUGAUGAGAUGGUUGAAUUACGCAUUCUGCUUCAGAGCAAGAAUGCUGGGGCAGUGAUUGGAAAAGGAGGCAAGAAUAUUAAGGCUCUCCGUACAGACUACAAUGCCAGUGUUUCAGUCCCAGACAGCAGUGGCCCCGAGCGCAUAUUGAGUAUCAGUGCUGAUAUUGAAACAAUUGGAGAAAUUCUGAAGAAAAUCAUCCCUACCUUGGAAGAGGGCCUGCAGUUGCCAUCACCCACUGCAACCAGCCAGCUCCCGCUCGAAUCUGAUGCUGUGGAAUGCUUAAAUUACCAACACUAUAAAGGAAGUGACUUUGACUGCGAGUUGAGGCUGUUGAUUCAUCAGAGUCUAGCAGGAGGAAUUAUUGGGGUCAAAGGUGCUAAAAUCAAAGAACUUCGAGAGAACACUCAAACCACCAUCAAGCUUUUCCAGGAAUGCUGUCCUCAUUCCACUGACAGAGUUGUUCUUAUUGGAGGAAAACCCGAUAGGGUUGUAGAGUGCAUAAAGAUCAUCCUUGAUCUUAUAUCUGAGUCUCCCAUCAAAGGACGUGCACAGCCUUAUGAUCCCAAUUUUUACGAUGAAACCUAUGAUUAUGGUGGUUUUACAAUGAUGUUUGAUGACCGUCGCGGACGCCCAGUGGGAUUUCCCAUGCGGGGAAGAGGUGGUUUUGACAGAAUGCCUCCUGGUCGGGGUGGGCGUCCCAUGCCUCCAUCUAGAAGAGAUUAUGAUGAUAUGAGUCCUCGUCGAGGACCACCUCCCCCUCCUCCCGGACGAGGUGGCCGGGGUGGUAGCAGAGCUCGGAAUCUUCCUCUUCCUCCACCACCACCACCUAGAGGGGGAGACCUCAUGGCCUAUGACAGAAGAGGGAGACCUGGAGACCGUUACGACGGCAUGGUUGGUUUCAGUGCUGAUGAAACUUGGGACUCUGCAAUAGAUACAUGGAGCCCAUCAGAAUGGCAGAUGGCUUAUGAACCACAGGUUGAGUAUCAUAAUUAUUCCUAUGCAGGGGGUCGUGGCUCAUAUGGUGAUCUUGGUGGACCUAUUAUUACUACACAAGUAACUAUUCCCAAAGAUUUGGCUGGAUCUAUUAUUGGCAAAGGUGGUCAGCGGAUUAAACAAAUCCGUCAUGAGUCGGGAGCUUCGAUCAAAAUCGAUGAGCCUUUAGAAGGAUCCGAAGAUCGGAUCAUUACCAUUACAGGAACACAGGACCAGAUACAGAAUGCACAGUAUUUGCUGCAGAACAGUGUGAAGCAGUAUUCUGGAAAGUUUUUCUAAGACUAGUGAAGAACUGAAGGAGUCCUGCAUCUUUUUUUUUUUAUCUGCUUCUGUUUAAAAAGCCAACAUUCCUCUGCUUCAUAGGUGUUCUGCAUUUGAGGUGUAGUGAAAUCUUUGCUGUUCACCAGAUGUAAUGUUUUAGUUCCUUACAAACAGGGUUGGGGGGGGGAAGGGCGUGCAAAAACUAACAUUGAAAUUUUGAAACAGCAGCAGAGUGAGUGGAUUUUAUUUUUCGUUAUUGUUGGUGGUUUAAAAAAUUCCCCCCAUGUAAUUAUUGUGAACACCUUGCUUUGUGGUCACUGUAACAUUUGGGGGGUGGGACAGGGAGGAAAAGUAACAAUAGUCCACAUGUCCCUGGCAUCUGUUCAGAGCAGUGUGCAGAAUGUAAUGCUCUUUUGUAAGAAACGUUUUAUGAUUUUUAAAAUAAAUUUAGUGAACCUAUUUUUGGUGGUCAUUUUUUUUUUAAGACAGUCAUUUUAAAAUGGUGGCUGAAUUUCCCAACCCACCCCCAAACUAAACACUAAGUUUAAUUUUCAGCUCCUCUGUUGGACAUAUAAGUGCAUCUCUUGUUGGACAUAGGCAAAAUAACUUGGCAAACUUAGUUCUGGUGAUUUCUUGAUGGUUUGGAAGUCUAUUGCUGGGAAGAAAUUCCAUCAUACAUAUUCAUGCUUAUAAUAAGCUGGGGAUUUUUUGUUUGUUUUUGCAAAUGCUUGCCCCUACUUUUCAACAAUUUUCUAUGUUAGUUGUGAAGAACUAAGGUGGGGAGCAGUACUACAAGUUGAGUAAUGGUAUGAGUAUAUACCAGAAUUGUGAUUGGCAGCAAGUUUUAUUAAUCAGAAUAACACUUGGUUAUGGAAGUGACUAAUGCUGAAAAAAUUGAUUAUUUUUAUUAGAUAAUUUCUCACCUAUAGACUUAAACUGUCAAUUUGCUCUAGUGUCUUAUUAGUUAAACUUUGUAAAAUAUAUAUAUACUUGUUUUUCCAUUGUAUGCAAAUUGAAAGAAAAAGAUGUACCAUUUCUCUGUUGUAUGUUGGAUUAUGUAGGAAAUGUUUGUGUACAAUUCAAAAAAAAAAGAUGAAAAAAGUUCCUGUGGAUGUUUUGUGUAGUAUCUUGGCAUUUGUAUUGAUAGUUAAAAUUCACUUCCAAAUAAAUAAAACACCCAUGAUGCUAGA